GGAUACGGGCCGUGGUCAUAUGCGACAAACGUAUGCGGUACGGGCGGUACAGGCAGCACGCGUCGGGAUGGAGUCUUGGUACAGAGUGUAGCUUGGGAGGGAGUCGUUCGUUUGGCGGUUGGGGUCCAAAGGAGACCUAGGGACAUGGGCCACAUGGCUUCAGAUCGCAAGGGUCGCCGCAGCAGCGAUGAAUCUGCCGAAGCAAAGUACGUGGGCGCAUUGCUCCACAAAACCGGAGAGACCUUUGAGUGGCCCAUUGAUCAGGGGAACCAAUCCAAGGGCAGCCUCGGGCAUCCUGAAGUCUCUUGGAUCUUGUCAGAGGUUUGCGGCCGUUUUUGCAUCCGUUUCUUCUAUGGCAAUUGCCGGCAAGGGCAGAAUUGUGAGUUUUGCCACCUCACGCAUCGUGAGCCGAAAGUGAAGAUGGACAAGGCACAGCGGCAACUGAUUGAAAUGCUGGGAGAGGCAGAGGCGAAUCUGGGAAGUCGAAUCCCGAACCAACGGAUGGUUUUCGUGAUUGACAUGCUUCGACGGCGCUUCCAAUCAUUGCCUGUCCCCAACAAUCCCAACCGUGUUCUGCACGCUCGAGCGGUGAUUCCAGUCUUGCGCAAGUUCACAGUCGCGCGCCUUCUGGAGCCAUUUUUUGUGAUUUUUUGGGCGGACUUGGGCAGAGAGCUCAUCCGACAGAGUCCAGCAGUUCCAUCAGGACAGGACAUGACAGGACAAAAGUCCAGCCGUGCCCUUGGCUUGUGGAUCGAUCCCUUGGCCGCUGAGAAAACUGCUGGGAACUGCUGA